AAGGGGUAAAUUUGUAGUAUCACACAAAGGCCGAGUGAAAAGAGGUUCUACUCAAAAUGUCAUACUACCACAAGAUGCCGCUCUAAAAGAAAAAGAGACUGUUGAUGGGACAGAGUCAAUGACAGAUGAAACAUUUACUGAAUUUAAAGAAAAAGACUUGUCAUCCGUUGGGUCAGGUGAUGUGGUAAUACCUGAAGAAAAUCGCUUUGUUAGGUUGUCAACAGAGGCUAUAACAUAUCUUGGUGGAGAGCAUGCCCAGAACAGACCACAAGUUCAGACUGCUCAUAGUGUGCUGGCUAGUUUGGCCACAGUACAUACAAAUCCAACAAUCAACCCUUCACUCCAGACCCGCCCUUCUGCAACUGCACCACCCAAUGAAAAGCCUGUAUCCACUUCCAAUGGGAUGAGACAAUUGGACGGAAACAGGACUCGACUGGAAAUAGGCAGUUUGGGGAUAACCACUCCAGCUAAAAUUCAGCCAAAAAUACAGUUUACCACUUUACGAUCAUAUAUUGAAACCACCUCUCUUAGCACAAGCAAAACCAGUCUACAACUAGAGGCACCAGCACCAGGAGUGGACAUCGUUAGUUCCGACUAUUCACAACCAAAAAGCACUUCACAGUCAACAAGAUCUUCAAAAAUACCCAAUGACCAGUUAAAGGAACCAGGAACUAAAAGAACAGUGAUCGAUAUAAAGAACACUAAAGGUAUAUCACCUUUUCUAAGUACAAGUACAACCUCCCCUCGCCUGACUGGACAUGGCCAUUUUGUAUUCUCUGAAAAUGAUAGAAGAGUUACAGAGACGGACCAGUCAGUCUCACAGGGAAUAGUUCCAUCUUUGAAGUCAAACCCUGCCUCUCCAACCCAUGCCCAACCCAAGGACCCUUGUGGCACUGUUGUGGGGCCCUGUGUUUUUUCCAAAGAUCAAAACAAUGCUGACAAAUAUGGUGCAACAAAUGGCAGCUUUUUAGUGUGGGCAGACUUAAAACGCACACUGUCAUUUGCAUGGGAGCUGCAUGUAUUUGGUUCUGCUGCCCUCUUCCUUCUGCUUACUGUUGGCUCUGUUCUUGGCUUAGCGUUAGCUCCCAGCUUGAAUUGCCCCCACUGUGGUGAACUGAUACUUGCCAAUAGCCUCUUGCUAGUUGUGGGUGCGGUUAGAGCUGGCAACUUUUUGCUUGACCCAUAUGGGACACGGUUCCUCCUGCCGCCUCCUGUAAUAAUAGCUUUAUACACGCUGCCGUUACCACUGUUAAUUUUGGCACAGGCUGCAUUAGUGAUAUUGGUACUAAAAAAGGCAGGAGUAACUUGGCUACCACCAACACUUCAGCACCCCCCUCUUUUAGGAGUAUUAGCUGUUUUACAAUGCACUCUCCUACUUGCUGCAGACUUACUUUCCCCUGCACUUUCACCUGCUGUUCCCAUCGUCCUACAGAGCCUCACGCUGACUGCAGGCCUGACACUGUGUUUAGGGUACCUUUUCUUUGCACUGCCACGCCUCUCUCACACAAAUGCAGCUCGGGGAAGAAAUAAGGCAAUAGGGGAAGAAAAAGUGAGGGUUUUAGCAUGGGUGCUGGCAGUAUGCGCUCUUCUUGGGGCACUGUGCUGUCUUUUGCAUAUUUAUUCCUGCAUGUGGCUAUAUGGACUACUAGGAGACUGGAGGCGCUUCCGUUGGGCAUGGUGGCUCUGUCAGUUCUGGGUACGACUGUUGGAGCUUGUCUGGGCUUUCUGCCUGCUUUUGGUGUCUUCCUGGGUCUUCUGGAGACCCAAUGGAGGCCACAUAUGUGGAGCACCAAGACAGGAAGGGGCUGCCACAGAAAGCUUGCCCUCACCCUCUCAAUCAUCAAACUCUACCAGCAGACAUACAUGCUGGGCAAAGAUUGUCCAGAGCCUCAAGGUAAGGCAACAAAGGAAAUCUGAAAGCAAUGGAAUUGGAGGAUCCAGUAGUAGUGCAGUGGCCGGAGAGUUGCCCAAUAACUGGGCUGGACAGGAGCGAUCAGGGGCAGAUAUUAGCAAGAGCCUCAUACGAAAUCAGGAUCCACUCAAAGACAGCAAUCUGAAAAGCUUUGCAGGGGGCUCUGCUGGUUCAUUGCUAAGGGUGCAGCCACGUGCUCAUCCACCUCAGUGCUCUUCAAGUAGCAGUCUGGACAGGGAAAAGGAGUCCAACUUCUCACUCUGCGAUUUUGACCUGCGCCCUCCAACCCCAAUUGACCUUGGCCGCAGUAUUGAUGAGGCACUUCAUCGUGAGCAUCUGUUAGGGGGCGAAAGUUUAUUCUAUCCACUACGACCACUUUCACCUCCUCCAUUUCCAAACAUGUGGAUGCGACGGAAUAGUGACCCCCACAUAACACUGUCAUCGAGCAGUGAUGAACACACGUUGCUCACAGAGUCUUCUACAGGUCUGGAUCGCUCCAUUCCUAGUGCUGUGCCCAGCCGACAGGUCACAGCUCCCCCUACACCGACUCAUCAGGGCUUCCGUUGGGUCUCUGAGGCACCAGUGCCUUCCUCUUUGUCCUGCCCGGUCUCACUGCACCCUUCCCCAAGCACAAGCCAUACCCUUGUGCCCAGUCCAGAAAACACAAGGCUUUUUCUAACCCCUGACCUUGAAAGUUCACAAUCAAAUAGUAAAGGGGGGCAUAGAUAUUUGAAAGUCACGCGAAAUGAUGACUCAGCCAGUGUUGACAGUGACAUUAUUGACCUUUGAACAUGGUGUGGCACACAACAAC